AUGUCCUCAACCACUACCCCCGUGGUGGACAUCCACACCCACAUGUACCCCCCAGAGUACGUCAAGCUGCUAGAGUCGCGCUCCGAGAUCCCCCUCAUACGGCGCUUCGCCGGGGCCAAGGACCCGCGGUACAUAAUCCUGCCGGCCGAGGCCGAGUCGCUCGACAAGAUUGCGCAGGGCGAGUCGGCCAACCUGCCGGGCCGGCCCGUGACCAGCCACUACUCGCUGCUCACGCAAAAGAUUCACUUCAUGGACACGCACAAGAUUGACAUUUCCGUCAUUUCGCUCGCCAACCCGUGGCUCGACUUUGUCGCCUCGGACGAGGCUGGCAAGACGGCCGAGGACGUCAACCACGAGUUCGAGGCCAUGUGCGGGGAGUACCCGGGCCGCCUCUUCUUUUUCGCGACUCUGCCACUCACGGCCCCGGAGGACGUGCUGUUGGCGCACGUUGAUUUCGUCAAGGGGCUCAAGCACUGCCGCGGCGUGAUUCUGGGAACCUCGGGGUUGGGCAAGGGCCUCGAUGACCCGGCGCUGAUUCCCGUGUUCAAGGCCAUUGCGACAGCGGGCCUCGUCAUUUUCUUGCACCCGCACUAUGGACUGCCGAGCGAGGUCUGGGGUCCUCGUGCCACCGCCGAGUACGGUCACGUUCUCCCCCUGGCGCUGGGCUUCCCGCUCGAGACUACUAUUGCCGUCGCACGCAUGUACCUGGCCGGCGUGUUUGACCAAGUCCCAGAUUUACGCAUGCUGCUCGCUCACAGCGGCGGUACCCUUCCGUUCCUCGCGGGCCGUAUCGAGAGCUGCAUCGUACACGAUGGCCACCUCGUGCGCGAGGGCAAGGUCACGCCAGAGCGUAGGACCGUGUGGCAGGUCCUCAAGGAGCAAAUUUACCUUGACGCUGUCAUUUACAAUGAAGUCGGUCUCAAGGCGGCCAUCGAUGCGAGCGGUGUCGACCGGCUCAUGUUUGGAACAGACCACCCGUUCUUCCCCCCAUUGCAGAGCGAUGAGCAGGGCGAGUGGGAGAGCAUGACUUGGAAUAAGAAUGCGGUCGAAAAGGCACUGGGCAGCAAUAAUGAAGGAGUCAAGCAGGUCAUGGGAGGCAAUGCCGCCAAGAUUUUGAGACUGACCGAGGAUGCAUAA